AUGCAGCAGAGCAGUGGAAGAACUGGACACUCAUUUACUCUAAUUUCUGCCUUCAAAGUAUUCUACCAGAGGAACAUUUCCGGUGCGGGCAGACAUUUGUGUUUGUAUGUAGAUAUUUUUUGCAAGUCUGCUACUACAAAAACAGAACUUGACAUUGUCGACGGAUUAAUUCUUCAAUUUUGCAAGUCAGUGGAGACUCUAUAUGGAAAAGAUGUCAUUACCCCAAAUAUGUACAUGCACAACCAUUUGAAAGAGGUUAUUCUCGACCACGGACCAGUUACUAGCUUUUGGUGUUUUAGCUUUGAACAAUUUAGUGGAAUACUAGGCAGUAUAACAACAAACAAGAGAUCUGUCGAACUCCAAAUCAUGAGAAAAUUCAUACUAAGAUUCCCAAAGGACAUGAAACUACAAAACCAGUUUAAAGGAGAUUUUAAAUUUCGUUCACCUGAUGUUUCACCUUCCGACUGGCUUACGAUCUAUGAAUUUUCUUAUAUUGCAACAAAUGUGCCACUACGUGGAAUAAACUUGUUGAAUAAAUCGGAGAUUAGUGUUUCGCCAUGUUACAAGCUUGUUUCUUUUGAUACCGAUGAUUUGAAAUUACUGACCACCGUCUACAAAGUGUUGUACCUUGAGGGACGAAUUGAAGCAAGUCAACUCACAGAAACUAUAUAUAAAUUUGGCUCGUUUAAAAUCUGGUUACCUACGUAUGGGUCCAAAAUACAAACAAGAGGAAUACGUUCUGCCAAGAUACUAGCAUUUUGGCCAGCAAAGAAUGAAAAAGUCCUUCAAGACGCGUUUUUUAUCUCCAGGCAUCGUUCAGUAUUAUUUUACACAUUCAUUCAAGCUAGGAGAGGAACAUGUCACGCACUACUUUGCUUGUUUAAGAUGGUUUUUUAG